UGCUAUAAAUAUAACUGUGCAGUUGAAGCUGUUACGCAAGAGUAUAAGGUAGUACGUGUAAUAUAAUAUAACGCGCACUGAAGCAAUAGCGAUGCAGUACUCUGUUUACCAAUUUACGAUCAUAUAGACUAGUUCGUGAGCUGAAAGGUUCGUAUUAUUGUAAGUGCUCUGAGAUUGUAACAUCAACGUUUCCAUGCCAUCUUAAUGCUCGACAAAGGUCGCAGCUAAUCAAUUCGAUAAUACGUUCUCUGAAUGAGUUUUCAUAAAUAGUUAAAAAUGGAAUCGAAACAACUGUACGAUGUAAAAGAGAACGAAGAUAACCAUCAAAUUGAAAAAAUAAGCAACUUUUUAAUAUUCUAUGUGAACGGUAAAAUGAUUAAAGACUGCAACAUUGAGCCAGAAUGGACAUUAAUUUAUUACCUGCGAAAUAAAUGAUUAUGCGGAACAAAACUUGGAUGCUCGGAAGGUAACUGCGGAGCCUGCACAGUAAUGAUAUCAAGAUUUGAUAGAAAGAACAACAAAAUAAUUCAUUUAGCAGCGAAUGCAUGUUUAACACCAGUGUGUGCAAUGCAUGGCAUGGCUGUCACUACUGUUGAGGGCAUCGGUAGUACAAGAAACAAACUUCACCCAGUACAAGAGCGCCUUGCUAAAGCUCAUGGAUCUCAAUGCGGGUUUUGUACGCCAGGCAUCGUUAUGUCAAUGUAUGCUUUACUAAGAAGUAAUCCAAAACCUACGAUGAAUGACAUAGAUAUAGCUUUUCAAGGUAAUUUAUGCAGAUGUACUGGCUAUAGACCUAUAAUUGAAGGAUUAAGAACUUUUACCAAAGAAUGGGAACAAUCACGUAUGUCAAAGCUCAAAAAUCAUGAGGAAAAAUUAUGUGCCUUAGGAAAUGCUUGUUGUAAAAAGGCUUUCACAUCAGAACCAACCGCUUUAUUUGAUUCUAAGGAAUUCACACCGUACGAUUCUUCACAAGAACCUAUUUUUCCGCCAAGUUUACAGUUAUCGUCGAACUUAGAUGAUGAGUAUUUAAUAAUCAGUGGAAAAGAAGUUACUUGGUAUAGACCAACGCAAUUAAAGAAGCUGCUUAUUUUAAAAAAUCAAUAUCCAAAUGCAAAAAUAAUAGUAGGCAACACAGAAGUAGGUGUGGAAGUGAAAAUCAAACACCUAAUGUAUCCAGUUCUAAUUCAAUCAACUGCAAUAAAAGAAUUAAAAAUCAUUGAAGAAAUGAAUGAUGGAAUUAAAAUAGGAGCUAGUGUCACGUUAGUGGAGAUGGAAUCUGCCCUUCGGCAUCAAAUUAGUACUAAACAUGAAUCCAGAACAAGAAUAUUUGGAAGCAUCGUUAAAAUGUUACAUUGGUUUGCUGGUCAUCAAAUAAGAAAUGUUGCCGCAGUAGGAGGGAACAUCAUGACAGGAAGUCCAAUUUCGGAUUUGAAUCCAAUUUUUUUGGCUGUCGGUAUUAAAUUAAAUUUGUGUAGUCUUAACAACGGCCAUAGAUCUGUUAUCAUGGAUAAUACAUUUUUUCUUGGUUACCGACGCAACAUCGUUGCUCCGGAUGAAGUAUUAUUAUCCAUUGAAGUACCUUUUAACACGCCGAAUCAGUAUUUUGUUUCAUAUAAACAAUCCAAACGGCGUGAUGACGAUAUUACAAUAGUUAACAUGGCUAUGAAUGUAUUUUUUAAACCUAAUACUAACAUUGUUCAGAAAAUAAAUCUAACUUUUGGCGGCAUGGCUCCUAUUACUGUAUUGGCAAAAAAAACUUGUGAAUCUUUGGUGGGAAAGAAUUGGGAUGAAAGUAUUUUAGAGGCUGUAACCAACAAUUUAGUUGCGGAAUUGACUCUUCCCGGGAAUGCACCAGGUGGGAUGAUACUGUAUCGACGUUCAUUAACUUUGAGUUUAUUUUUCAAAGGUUUCAUAAGCAUAUGGAAAAAAUUACACAAAGACAUCCCAAACAUAGCACCAGUAUUAAAAGAAUUGGAAUCUGCUUCUGAUGGUUUUCAUUACUUACCUCCUAAGAGUUCUCAAUAUUACCAAAUGGUUUCCAAAGAUCAGUCAUCGAUUGAUUUGAUUGGAAGGCCUCUAAUACACGCCAGUGCAUUUAAACAAGCAAGUGGAGAAGCAAUCUAUUGUGAUGAUAUCCCUCGAAUAACGGGCGAACUUUAUUUAGCUCUCGUGUUAUCAACAAGGGCUCAUGCCAGGAUAACAGGGAUCGAUAAUUCUAAAGCUGUUGCUUUAGAUGGCGUAGUGGCCUAUUUUGAUGCAAAAGAUAUUCCGGAGCAUCGCCGAUUCGUCGGUCCCAUUAUAAAAGAUGAAGAAGUUUUUGUUUCGGAAAAAGUAACAUGUCAUGGCCAAGUGAUUGCAGCAAUAGUAGCUGUUGAUCAAGUGACAGCUCAAAAAGCAGCUAGGAUGGUUAAAAUUGAUUACGAAGAACUGCAACCUGUACUUUUGACGAUUGAGGAUGCUAUUGAGGCAAAAUCAUUUCUCGAAAAAGAUGGAAGAAGUAUCACCAAAGGGAACGUCGACGAAGCGUUUACCAAUGUAGAUCACAUACUCGAGGGAGAAAUAAGAAUGGGAGGUCAAGAGCAUUUUUAUUUGGAAACUCAGUGCUCCAUUGCUAUACCAAAAGAAGAACAUGAAAUGGAAAUCAUAGCAUCAACACAAGAUCUUGCAGAAAUGCAACGACUCAUUGCUCAUGUUCUUGACAUUCCAAUUAACAGAGUUACAGUACGUACUAAGAGAUUAGGUGGUGGCUUUGGUGGUAAAGAAUCGCGCAGUAUGCUUGCUGCACUGCCAGUUGCGUUUGCUGCGCACAGCUUACAAAAACCUGUGCGAUGUAUGCUAGAUAGAGAUGAGGACAUGAUGAUCACUGGAACCAGGCAUCCAUUUUUGUUCAAAUACAAAGUGGGAUUUUCUAAUGAAGGAUUAAUAAAAGUCCUCGAAGUAUAUGUUUACGCUAAUGUUGGUUGUUCGUGGGAUUUAUCAGGCCCAGCUAUAUCACGUACAAUGGCCCAUAUAGAAAACGCUUAUAGGAUACCAGCUAUCAGAGUCAUCGGGUACUUAUGCAAAACCAAUUUGCCUUCAAAUACAGCCUUUCGUGGUUUUGGAGGACCUCAAGGAAUGUUUUGCGCUGAAACUAUAAUACGACACAUUGCGGAUUAUCUUGAUCGAGAUGUUGUGCAGCUUUCUGAAAUAAAUUUAUACAAAGAAGGCGACAUCACACAUUAUAACCAAAAACUAGAAAAUUGCACGAUGCAACGGUGUUGGAUUGAAUGUCUUGCAUUCUCAAACUAUGAACAAAGAUUAGCAGCUGUACAAAAAUUUAAUAGUGAAAACAGAUAUAAAAAAAAAGGAAUAACCGUGAUUCCCACAAAAUUCGGCAUAGCAUUUGAGACGCUGUUUCUUAAUCAAGGUGGUGCGCUUGUUCAUAUUUAUACUGACGGAUCCGUUCUUUUAACGCAUGGAGGCAUAGAAAUGGGGCAAGGAGUACACACUAAAAUGAUUCAAGUUGCUAGUAGAAUUUUGAAAGUACAUCCUGACAAAAUUCUUAUCACAGAGACAGCUACAGACAAAGUUCCAAAUGCGACUGCUACAGCCGCAAGUACUGGGUCUGAUUUAAAUGGAAUGGCUAUUAUGGAUGCAUGCAAUAAAAUAAUGAAACGAAUCAAAUAUAUAAUAGAUGCUAAUCCCGAAGGCACUUGGGAAAGUUGGAUAGAAAAAGCUUAUUUCGACCGAGUAAGUCUUUCUGCAACUGGAUUUUACAGAACGCCCGAUAUAGGAUACGAUUUUGCAACAAACUCGGGCACUUUAUAUGAUUAUUUUACAUACGGGGUAGCAUGUUCUGAAGUAAUCAUUGAUAGUCUUACCGGAGACCACCAGGUCUUAAGAACUGAUAUCGUUAUGGAUUUGGGAGAAAGUUUAAAUCCUGCGAUCGAUAUCGGACAAGUGGAAGGAGGAUUUAUUCAAGGUUAUGGACUUUUUACAAUGGAAGAGAUGAUUUACUCGCCAACUGGAAUAGUUUAUAGUCGAGGUCCAGGAGUUUAUAAAAUCCCUGGUUUUGCAGAUAUACCACAAGAGUUCAACGUUUCAUUGUUAAAGGGUUCAUCCAAUCCAAGAGCAGUAUAUUCAUCGAAGGCCAUAGGCGAACCACCGCUAUUUUUAUCUUCGUCAAUUUUCUUUGCAAUAAAAAAUGCGAUCAAAGCUGCUCGCAAAGAUAUGAACUUGCAUGGGUAUUUUAGAUUCGAUUCGCCAGCGACUGCCGCUCGCAUCCGAAUGGCUUGCACUGAUGAUUUUACAAAAAAGAUUGGAGAUGGUGAUGGAAAAAAACCUUGGAAUAUAACCCCCUAAACUAGCUGAUAAAUAUUGGAUAUUUAUAUUUAAACUUUUUUUUUGGAAAUAUAUUUUAUAAAAUCAAGUAUGAUAUGUAGUUCAGAUAAGUGAUGUAGACUAUUGAAAACUAACGCGCAUAUUAUUUCCUUGGCAGUAGGUCUGAUAACUCACGACAACGCUACUUCAGUCUCUCGCAGCUUGGGGCCUAAGCCUUUGACGUACUUGGCACGUUUCGGGAUAACGCAUUUCUGCAUUCUAGUGUUAUGAAACGAUCAAAGGCGAUAUCCACAAAUAAACAGUUUAAAUCUA